AUGGCUCCCGGCAGGCGCCCCAACUUCCUCGUCAUCGUCGCCGACGACCUAGGGUUCAGCGACAUAGCUCCCUUCGGCGGCGAGAUCAACACCCCUCACCUCGACAAACUCGCCGCGGGCGGCCUCCGCUUCACAGACUUCCACGCGGCGGCGGCGUGCUCCCCUUCGCGCGCCAUGAUCCUCACAGGCACCGACCACCACAUCGCGGGGCUCGGCAACCUCAUCGAGUGGACCAACAUCAGCGGGCAGAACGACCCCAGCGGUGGCAUGUCCACGGCCCCCCAGCGCGGGAUGCCGGGCUACGAGGGCUACCUCAACGAGCGCGUCGCAGCGCUCCCAGAGGUCCUGCGUGACGCCGGCUAUCUCACCCUCAUGUCGGGCAAGUGGCACCUCGGCCUGACCCCAGAGCGGUCCCCUCGCGCCCGCGGCUUUGAGAGAUCCUUUGCCCACCUACCCGCCUGCAGCAAUCACUAUGGUUACGAGCCGCAGCUCGAGGGCGCCGACAAGAUCCCCGAGUUCAUGACCAUGAGCUACAUUGCCCUGCACAGCGAGGACGGCGAAUACGUGAAGAAACUGCCCGAGGGCUGGUAUUCUAGCGACGGGUACGGGGACAAGAUGCUCUCGUACCUCGAGCAGUGGAAGCAGGGCGAGGACCAAGACGGCAAGUCCGACGACGACAGAAGGCCCUUCUUUGCGUACCUCCCGUUCACCGCGCCGCACUGGCCCUUGCAGGCACCACAAGAGUACAUCAAGAAGUACAGGGGUGUGUACGAUGACGGCCCGGACGCACUGAGGCAGAAGCGCCUGCAGCGGCUCAAGGAGCUGGGCAUGGUGGACCAGAAGGUCGAGCCCCAUCCCGUCGUGGCGGACGAGGUCAAGCAGUGGGCCGAAAUGAGCGAUGAGGAGAGGGCCAACAGCUGCCGCGCAAUGGAGGUGUUCGCAGGCAUGGUCGAGUGCAUAGAUGCCAACGUCGGCAAGGUCGUCGACUACCUCGAGUCCGUGGGCGAGGUGGAUGACACGUUUGUGUGCUUCAUGUCCGACAAUGGUGCCGAGGGCGCCGCGUACGAGGCAUAUCCCAUAGUGCAGGGGAGCAUGAUACAGCACCUCAAAAAGUACUACAACAACCACAUAGACAACCUUGGCAACGGCGACUCUUUUAUCUGGUACGGCCCGCGCUGGGCCCAGGCCGCAACCGCCCCUUCGAGGUUGUACAAGGCAUAUACCACGGAAGGGGGCGUGCGCGUGCCCUUCAUGAUGAAGGUGCCGAAGCAGUGGGAGGGAGGCCUAGACAAGGGCGGCGUCACGCAUCAGUUCAGUACGGUCAUGGAUCUUGCGCCGACGAUUUUAGACCUGGCUGGCGUCACACAUCCGGCGCCGGUAUAUCAGGGAAGAGAGGUUGUCAGCAUGCGGGGGAAGAGCAUGAUGCCUUACCUUCAGAACGAGACCGGCAGAAUCCACGAAAAGGACUUCGUGAACGGGUGGGAGACGUGCGGGCGUGCAGCCGUGCGGAAAGGGGACUGGAAGAUGGUGUUUAUUCCGAAGCCCAAGGGUCCGGAGAAGUGGCAGCUGUACAACCUGGUCAAGGACCCUGGUGAAAUCCAUGAUCUGGCUGAUCAGGAGCCACAGAGGCUGAUGGAUCUCCUCAAGCUGUGGGAUCAGUAUGUGCUGGAGACGGGCGUGGUGCCGCUAUCAAAGGACCUGGGCAACUGGAUGGCCGCAAUGGAAGAGCAGAUGCCUGAGAAUGCGUGGAUUGAGUAUGAGUAUUGGAAGGAGGGGGCGAGGGACGAUCCGGCCAAAUUCACCAAAAGUAUCCCACGUUUUAUACGACAGGUCAAAGCCAUUUAG